AUGGGAUUGUCGCAGUGGAACUCACUGCUUGCUGCGAAUGCCCGGAGGAAGAAUCUGGAUGGCGUGAAGAGCGUCUUCGAUCGAAUGCCACUGCGCGACGCGAUCUCCUACACGAUCAUGCUCAAUGCCUACGCUCGCAGCGCGAAAAUCGAGCUAGCAGUGGAAAUCUUUAUGCAAAUGCCACACAAAGAUCUCGUCGCUUCAAAUUCUCUCGUGGAAGCAUUUGCCCAAUUGGGGCAUUUGGAAGAAGCUUUGCGAGUGUUCCACGCGAUGCCACUGUGGGACGUCGUGACGUGGACAAGCCUUUUAACGGCGUGCAUACGUGGCGGCCAUGCAGAGGCCGCUUUUUCCGUCUUCCAACGCAUGCCGGCGUGGGAUCUUGUGUCCUCGACCGCGAUGCUAGCAGAAUAUGCCGAUCACGGGCGUUUGGAAGAUGCGCGGGACAUUUUGUUGGCGAUGGAGCUGCGCGAUAGGGCUUGUUUGAAUGCGAUGUUGGCGGGAUACGCCAAGAAGGGGCGGCUGGAAGAGGCGACGUGGGUUUUCCAGGGAAUGCCGGAGCUGGAUCUCAUCUCCUGGAAUUCGAUGCUGCUGGCGCUCGUCCAGGGCGGGAGCUACGCCGAGGCGCAGCAAUUCUUUGAUGAGGCGAUGUCGCAGUGGGAUCUCGUCUCCGCCACGAUGAUGCUCAAUCUCUUCUCGCAGAUGAUCGGUAGUGAAUCCCAGGCAGCGGCUGUGGCGGCAUUGUGUGAAUCUUUGCCCGUCCACGACGAAAUCUCCUCCACCGCGCUUCUUUCCUUGCACGCUCAAUCGGCUCGAAUGGAAGAAGCCAAGGUCGUGUUUGAUCUCAUGCCGGAUCACAGCUUAGCCGCCUGGAACGCCAUCCUGGCGGCCUACUGCGGCAAUAAUCUCGACGAGGCUGUGGAGCGGCUGUGGAAUCGGAUUCCAGUCCUGGAUCUGGUCUCCUGGAACACGAUGCUCGGCGCCUACAUCCGCGAGGGCAGGAUCCACGAAUCCAAGCGCCUGUUCGAUGCGAUGCCGGAGAAGAAUCCAUACUCGUGGACGCUGCUCGUCUACGGCUACGCACAGCUAGGCCUCUUGGAGCGCGCCCUGGGCGUGUUCGUGGCCAUGCCGGAGAAGGAUCUGGUGGCUCUCACCGCGAUGAUGGACUCUUACACUCGCAAUGCGGCCUUCGAUCGCGCAGUGGAGAUCUUCAACGAGGCCAAGCUCGUGGAAUCGCCGGAUCGCGCUUGCUUUACCUCGGCGCUGGUAGCAUGCAGCCAUUGGGGCAGGGUUGGAAUGGGGAUGCGCGUGCUGGACUCCAUGGAGAGGGACUAUGGCUUGAUUCCAGGCGAGCAACACUACCGAUGCGUCAGUGAUCUGUGGGCUCGAGCGGCUGAAAGGGUUUAG